UUGUUUUGAAGAAGAGCAAUUCAGUUCCUUUGUUUCUGAUUCACAUUAGAAGGUUUUGCACCAAAACUAGUUGUGGGUUAUCUUAAUGACAGGACAAGGGGGCAGUUUAUCUCCUUCGAGUAAAAUGGGAUCGAAACAGAUUGCACAGGAAACAUUUGAUGAUGCCGUGCAAGAAAACAUUACAGAAUUUGAAAUGGAUCCAGAAGAGGCUGUGAGAGAAGCUGUGCAGCAGUUUGAGUCCCAAGGUGUUGACCUAAGCAAUAUUGUGAAAGCUGUGCGGCAGCCUGCCUCUGAAAAUGGGCAAAAACAAAAGCAUGAAAUUUUGCUGACUUUAGAUUCCCUUGGAAGAGCCGUUGCUGACGCUGAUCUUGCUGAGAUGGCUGAGCAGCUCGUGGUCUUCACUGAUCAGUGCAAAGAACAGCUGGCUUUCCGCUACCUGGCUGGGCAGAAUGGUGCCUAUUCUGUGGUAUUCUCUGCCUGCCAGUUGGCUUCAGGAGACAGAAAUUUAAGGCUAAAAGCCUUUUAUACUCUGUCUGCCAUCUUGGAUGGGCAGCCAGACCUCCUUGAUGCCGCUGGCCAGGACCUACUGCUGCAAACCCUGAGAGAAUAUAGAGAGGAUGCGGAGAUGACGCUGGCUGGGAUGCGGUGCAUUCGGCACGCCUGUCUGAAACACGAGCAGAAUCGUCAGGACUUUGUGAAAGGUGGGGUUCUGCCCCUUCUGACCGGAGCUAUUGUCCAGCACGGAGACAGUGCCGACGUCGUCCGAACGGCCUCCUCGGCGCUCAGGAUCAUGACGUUUGAUGAUGACAUCCGCGUGCCCUUUGGUCACGCUCACGAUCAUGCUAAAAUGAUUGUGUUGGAAAAUGAUGGGUUAAGAGUCCUCAUUGAAGCUGCAAAAGCUUUCACAGAUAACUCCAGUGUCCUCAGUGAACUCUGUGCCACCCUUUCUCGCCUCUCUGUCAGGAAUGAAUUCUGUCAAGAAAUUGUGGACCUUGGCGGCUUAAAUUUUAUGGUGACUCUUCUGGCUGACUGCAUCGACCAUCCGGACGUGGUGAAGCAGGUGCUCAGCGCCAUCCGAGCGGUUGCGGGUAAUGACGACGUGAAAGACGCCAUCGUUAAUGCUGGGGGAACAGACCUCAUCGUGCUCGCUAUCAGCCAUCACCUCGCCAAUCCUCAGAUCUGUGAGCAGGGUUGUGCAGCCCUGUGCAUGUUGGCUUUGCGAAAACCUGAGAACUGUAAUGUCAUCAUGGAAGGCGGAGGGGCGUUGGCAGCUCUUCAGGCCAUGAAAACACACCCACGAGAAGUGGCUGUACAGAAACAGGCUUGCAUGCUGAUCCGCAACCUGGUCUCCCGGAGCCGGGACUUUUCUCAGCCCAUCUUAGAGAUGGGAGCUGAGAACCUGAUAACAGAAGCUCGUGCAACACACAAGGACUGUGACGAUGUGGCCAAAGCUGCGCUGAGGGAUCUUGGUUGUAAAGUGGAGCUCCGAGAGCUGUGGACAGGUCAGAAGGGAAGCCUGGCUCAGUGAACCGUCCCUCUACUGAGCUGUGGAGCUUCAUGACAUCUGUGUACAGGAAGCCCAAGGCGGGAAACGAAAUGGCAUGGAUUAAUUUGCAGUUCCAUUCCAUUGAACUGGAAUAUCUGAAGCAAAUGCCUGGCUUGUGAGGCUGCAGUGAACUUUCUGUUGGGAGCUACAGCUGAAAUGGCUUUUAUGCAUUCACAGGCUGCAAAUCAACUCUGUGUAGUAAUCAUUCCCCAAAUCAUCUAAUGCCUGAAGAUGAUCUGCUCCCCCUGUUGUGUUUGUUCCUCGUGUACAGAACGGGGCCGUUCCCACGUGCUCGGUUCUGUGCAGUAAAAGCAGAAGUGGCUCAUUUCUGGUAGGAGUGUGGUACGUACCGUGGCACCUGGUUCUGAGUUGUCCCUCAGCUCUCUGCCGCAGGGGGCUGGUAGCCCGCUCUGGUAGCGGGGUGGAUGAGGAGGAAUCCCAUCAUUUGUGAAUGUGUUCUGUCCUGUUGUACUGUUCUACUAACCGUUACUUUACUGCUGACCAUAUUCUGUGUUUGCUUCUUUGUUUUGGGUUUUCAGCCAACAUUUUAAACAAAAGCAAAGUAAGGAUUUACACUGUAUGGCUCAGAGCAAUGUACUUUCCUGCCAUUUGCAUCCAGGAGAAAGGUUCACGUUCUGUUUCAGGGAGAUGAGUGAGUCAGGGACUGAUAGUGAAGAUGGGAAUUUCAAAGCAGGGACAAACUGGCAGCGCUGCCCCGCAGCAGGAAGGUGAUGCAGGGGAGCCCAGGCUUUGGUUGUCUCUUAGCAGGGCAGGACUUCCCUGGAUCCAGGAGUGUUUGGGUAAUGAAGAGGCCGUGGACUGGAGACAGCUGCAGGCUUGGGAGCAAAAGAAGAGAGGUGAAACAUCUGCAGAGGCUCUGAAGUCUCAGCUAAAGCUUCUGUGUGCCCCCAUUUCUUGCUGGGCUGUGUUGUGACUGGCUCUGCUCUGGGUGCUGAACCUUCCUCCUGUGCUGCUACUGAUGUACUUGCGUGGAGGCUUUCUAACGCAAUACUCGCUGUAGAAAUGUUGACCCUAUAAAAUAUAAAAAUGGAGCCUUUCUGAGGCCGGAAAAGAAAGGUGGUA